CAAUCAGUUUCUUUCACAGCAGUGCACAUUCUCUUCUCCGUGACAGCAUUUCUUGGGAAUUCUCUGAUCCUUGUUUCCCUUCACAAGGAAUCUUCCCUUCAUCCACCGUCCAAACUCUUGUAUCGUUGUUUGGCAACAACUGAUCUUUUGGUUGGCCUUGUUGCCCAGCCCCUCUAUGCUACCCUGAGCUUUUCGAAUCUCUACAUAAAUAACGCGGUCAUCAUCACAAGCCAUAUGUUAUGUGGAGUGUCGUUAUUGACGAUGACAGCCAUAAGCGUGGACAGACUGCUCGCCCUGCUGUUGGGGCUUAGAUACAGACAAAUCGUAACUUUGAAGCGCACAUAUAUUAUUUUAGCUAACUUUUGGGUUUUAAGUCUUGUUGCUUCUUUAAGCACCAUUUUUAAAACGAAAAUAAUCUUUUCGUACGGCCGAAUACUUAUACCAAUUUGCCUUGUUAUCUCAAUCACCUCAUACACAAAAAUCUUUAGCGCUCUUAGGCACCAUCAGGCUCAUGUACAAGAUCAUUCUCAACAACAGCCGAGCCAACCAAGUGCACUGAACGUGGCGCGAUACAGAAAGGCAGUGUACAGUGCACUUUGGGUUCAACUAGCAUUAGUUGUUUGUUAUGCACCAUAUGGUAUAGUGGAAAUUAUGCUCUGGAAAACAGUUCCAUGGCACUUUAAGGAGAUAACAAUUGUCUUAGUCUACUUUAACUCGACGUUGAAUCCGUUUCUUUACUGCUGGAAGAUCAGUGAAGUAAGGCGAGCAGUUAAGCAGACAAUCAGGCAAGCACUUUGCUGUCUAUGA